UUGGCUUAUCAAGCGAUUGUAGUCAGCUAUCUCCUCUUGUUGACCGGAUACCCUGAUCCAAGACAGAUUCCCAAGAACAACCAGUACCAAUCGAUUCAUGACCAUGUCUCAACAACAACAACAACAACAACCAUCAGCAGCAGCAGCAGACGAACAACCCUUCGACUUCGGAACUCUCUCACACUCAACCCUACCCGACCUAAGCCUAAUCAACCAACCCAAACUGACACUCGACCUAGGAACAACCGACCUGUCAGUCUCACUAGACGAACUCAAGAAGAACUCAAGCUCAGCCAACACAACCACACCCAACCAACAAACCACAGCCGACUUGAACCAGCAGCAGCAAGAACAGUCAACCACGACCAGCCACUCCUCCACAGAACUAGACAGGAAUCGAUCGAGGCGAUGGACGAGUUUAUCAGAACUGGGAAGAGCGGUCAUGAAACCAUCGAUCAGCAAUCUCAGGCAGCUCGGCUCGCUCAACGAACGCGGCUCGGCACAGCAGCAACGGGCGAUAGCAGGACACAAUCUUCCAGCUCGACGGCUGAGCGAGGCUAGUGGGACACCAUCGAUCUACUCAUCCUAUCGGGUCAACCGGAACCUGUUCAAGCUAUUCAGCCACGAGCCGACGAUCCAGAGCAGUCCUACCGUCUCUCCAGGCAGCUCACCCGGUGGCUUCCCAUCCUUACCUCCCAUGUCUGAGUUACUCGAUGUCUCGACCAGCUUCAACCAACAGGACCUCUCCUCGAUCACCGAGCCCAUCCUCUUCGCCCGCCAAACCGACCAACUCCCAGUCCACUCCAAGCCCAUCUCCUCCAUCCUCUCAGCCCAACCACCCACCCUCAAACCCUUACCCGCCUCACCCCCUCAAUCCCCUAGCCCAUCAUCCUCCCAAUCAUCAUCAGAAGGACCAGAAGAAGAGAUCCCCGAGGUGGAAGCGGAGGAGCAGGAAACCUUCGCUUCGGCUGUUCAAUCCCCAGCCGUCGUCGAGGUCAAUGACCUCCCUUCGCCUCAGACUGUCCUGACGGAAACCAAACAAAUCAGCUCUUCGACCAGUUUGAAAUCCUCUCCCGAAUCCUCUCCGAUCGUCCCGACCAUCGAUCGAGUCCUCUCACGAUCAGCAGAAGACGAGGCCGUCCAACCGGCAGAAGAACCAUCGGUACCUCCUACUAAGAAGGACGCCCCAGAAACCCCGAGCCUGAAAAGCCCUAGUGCCCCAAUCGUCGACUCGAAGAACCACUCCCAUCAUCCUACCUCAGCUAGUAAUACUAUCACCCAUCACAACAGUAACUCUCAUUCAAGUAAGACUCAUCUGGCUGGGAUCCUCAAUCGAAAGAAGAAAAGCACACCGUCUGCUGGCGCUGGUACUUCUACUAAUCCCGGCACGGGCUCUGGAACGACUAGUUUCUUCAAGCUCUUCCUCUUCAAAGGGCUUGGCCUCAAACACCUUUCUCAUCCCCUUGGAACUAAUACUCCUAAAACUUCUACUACUGCUUCUUCCCCCGCUCGUCCUUCUUCUUCCUCCGCGAAUCCUGUUCCUUCUUAACCUUACUCAUCCUUCCUUUCUUUUUUUUUCAUCCGCAUCAUAACUGGUUUUUCCCCCCUAUUUUUCUGGACUUGUAGUUUGAUUCUUUAUCUCUCUAUGUCUCUUCUGGGUCGAAGUUUUUUUACUUUUUUUUCGUCUAAUAAUACUAGUAAUCUCUACACGUUUUUUAUCUCCUCAUUUUUCACAAACCUUUUUCUUUCAUCUCAGUUUUUUUUUUUUUUUUCAGUCGUCUCUCGUUCAUCAACCAUUUUUUUAACCAUUUCUUCCUGAACACCCUUACCCCUUCUUUAACCUUAACCAUAACAAUAAUACAAACUCUUGUUACAAUCUUGUUAGUUCUUUUAACCCUAUCUCCACCUUUUUUUUUCUCAUCAUUCAUUCAUUUAUCUUAAUUACCUUCUUAAUUUUCUUUUAUCAUCAUUCUAUUAGCUCAUGGAAUCAAGUAUCAAUUACCCUUUCCCACCACUGCCAUUAGCUUGUUUUUGUUUACCAAACUGAAGACUAGUUCAUCUUUACACAUAUUUAUCAUCAUGAUCUUUUAUAACCAGGUUCUUCUUCUUCUAAUGGGUACUUUUUUCAUGACAUUAGACCAAUCUCGCCUCUGUGUAUAGUAUGUUACUUUUCUUUGUUUGUGUGAGGUUAGUUCAUAGGAUCAUCAUAUCGCAAUAAUAACAUGUGGCCCUUUGUCCCUUUGAAAUUGAGAUUGCGCCCAUUGUAAUUUAAGGUGGAAAAUGGGGUCACACUAGUAGGUUG